UUUAAAAUCCUCGUAACCAUCACCAUGACCAUUAUCAUCACAAUCAGCUGACCGCACAGGUGGUAGCGGGGAGGGGUUGAGUGGGGGGGCAUCCACUGGCGACCAAUCGCCUCGGACACGCGCUCGGCCGUGCACACGCCCAGUCUGAAGUCCGCGUGGACCCAAGCGAGAGAGCGAGAGAGAGAGACCUCAACCACCUCCCUCCCUGCCCUCGCACAGCCACCUCCAACACUGCACGGCGCCACUUCCCGCCGCUGCCGUCGCUGUUGCUGCUGCUGCUCCUGCUGCUGUUCCUGCUGCUACUGCUGCUGUUGUUGCUGCUUUUUUUCUGGAGCAGUGGUGGCGUCGUGAGUCGCGCCUUGUCCGUCUGGACGCGACCCCGAGCGAGCCACCACUCCUCACGCUCGGCGGCGCCAUGGGGAGGAGAUGCGCGGUGUAACGCCGAGGCGAGUAGACGAAGGAGGAGGGGCGAGGCGAGGACACGAUGGGAACCAGUGUGGAAAAGGAGCUGUCCACCUUCCAGUGGUACCACGGCACCAUGUCUCGCCACGUGGCCGAGGCGAUGCUGAUGCAGAACGGGCAGGAAGGGAGCUACCUGUUCAGGCGGGGGCUGGACGGACAGUUCGUGUUGGCGGCCAGGUCCAAGGACUCGGUGAGGAAUUUCCAGGUGAGCUGGAGCGAGACUCGGGGCUUCUCCUUCGGCUUCACCAUCUUCCCCACGGUCAAGGAGUUCGCCGAUCACCUCGCCAACGAACCCAUCCUGGGCAGUGAGACCGGGGGCCUGAUUAGCCUCCGGUUCCCGUUCCCGCGGGAGGUGGCGGAACCUUCCUUCUACGACCCCAUCAUCGUUCACACGGCGAUGCGCUCGGGUCGCACCAUCGAUGACGUCCCCACAUACGCCUCCUCCGUGGGGACGAAGGAGGGAUUCCUCAACAAACAGGGCAACCGCGUCAAGACGUGGAAGCGCCGCUGGUUCACGCUGCAGAGGAACGAGCUCAAGUACUUCAAGGACAGGAAGGACACGGAGCCAAUCAAAGCCCUGGACCUGAGCCGGUGCACGGCAGUGCAGUUCGACUACAGCCGGGAGAAGGUGAACUGCUUCUGCCUCGUGUUCCCGGAGAGGACUUUCUUCCUGUGCGCCAAGAACGCGUUGGAGGCUGACGAGUGGAUCAAGCUCCUGCGCUGGAAGAUGAAUCAAGAACAGAAACAAAGAUUGCUGCGGAAAAACAAAACCAUGGCUGUAGGCGAACAUCUGGGAAGGUGAACAUCUGACCUGGUGAAAAUCUUUGUAGGUGAACACCCGGGUCAGCGAUCACCUGGACAGAACAUCCGAGGUGUUGAACACCAGGGCAGAUGAACGCCUGGACAGAUGAACACUUCCCCGCCAUGCCUUCGGGGAGACGAUUCACCACGGGGAGGGGGACGAAGGGGAUUAGGGAACCCCCUUAGGGGUCUGCUUGGAGUGGCGCCGACCUCGGGGGACUCGACUGCUCUGGACCUGGCCGCGGACCCUCAACCCCACGGGUUGGACUCCCUGUCGGGGCCAAGCCUGUUUUCGCGUCGAUAGUUUUGUUGUUAGUGUGUGUGUUUCCACUCGCGGUCGGGUCCGCUGGCGAGCGGUAGCUCCCGUAGCCACACAGCACUCCACAGCUACUGCACACACAGCACGCCACAUCUACUGCACACACAGCACGCCACACCUACUGCACACACAGCACGCCACACCUACUGCACAC